AUGGAUAUUUUAGAAGACACGACGGAAGAAAGCAACUACUCUUCGAUCCCCACGACGCCGCGGAUCAACAAGAAAAAAGAACGGCCCUCGUCCACCUACUCAAACCUCCGAUUGUCCAUCUAUGGAGAAGACGACAAGGGACUACUACCGGCUCCAGUCACCUCCGGCUCCUCCACAAACUACUCUGCAGGUCUACCGUCUCUCGCGCAGCUCGCAGACCUACCCACAGCCCCACCACCUCAAUGGACCCAAGCAGGAAUGACAGGAUCGCCCAGUAGAGCCUCAUUUCGUGCACCAUCACCUACGCGCAACAGCCCCCUAAUGCCUCCUCGAUCGAGAUCUCCCAUGCGAUCACAGAGUCCCCAACGGCCACAGAGCGGUAUCUGGGACGGCAAAUUCGACCCUCGAGCCGACUCAAACGGCUUCUUGACCCCCAACAAUACCAAUGCAACAACCAACACAGCAAACAAUUCCACAACUAGCGUCAACAAUGCCAACCCUUUCAAUUUUGAACAGACCACAUACUCGCUGUCACCGCCGGUCAAGCCGUCGCAACGACGAGGUCACAGAUACAAACACUCCUCGGUGUCAAUCAACUUCUUCGAGGAGCCAAAUAAAGCGCCCUUGGCCAUCCCGAAAUCGCACCCCAUCCCUAACGCAAAAGAGGCGCUGCAGUCCAUGUCACGUGACCAGCGUGCUCGUAUGUGCUGGUCUGGCGUUCAUCUGCUGGCGGCGUUUGUCAUCUUUUCUCUAUCAUCGCAUGACUACACUGCGUUGGCUGCUUUGGCGCAUCUUGUGCUGUAUGAUGCUCUGGGAGCUACUCUUACAGCUGCAGUCGAUAUUUUAGGUAACUUUGAGGUGUGGAAGAAGUCGUCGAUCCACCAUCCCUUUGGUCUUCAGCGAGCUGAGGUUCUGGCUGGUUUUGCGCUUUCCGUCGCUCUCAUUUUCAUGGGUGGAGAUCUCCUUUCUCACUCUGUAGAGACUGUGGUUGAGGUGUUCUACGAUGCGGACCAUGUAGUGCACGAUCACAAUUCUGAUAUGACAUCUGUGCCCCAUGCUGACGACCAUGGUCACAGAAACACCCAUGGACAUGGUCAUGGGCAUAGCAAGGAUGGAACCUCUGUGCUUUCAGGAACCGAUCUCAGCAUCACCAUUCUUGCUCUUCUGGUGACCGUCAUUUCUGCCUACGGAUUGAAGAACCAUCAGCGAAUCGGAAAAGCUAUGCGACACAACACUCUUGCCCAGCUUCCUCUUCCCUCUUUCCUUUCCAACCCUUCGCAUUUGAUGACCAUCACCUCUUCGCUGGCUAUUAUUUCUUACCUUCUCUUCCCCGGGUCUGGCUCUGAGGUUCUCGAUUCCAUUGUCACUCCUAUCAUUGCACUUUCAAUGUGCUACGUUGGUUGGCAGCUGGCCAAGUCCCUUGGAGGAAUGCUCAUCAUGUCGUUUCCCGGUGUUAACCGAAUCUCUGAUAUUGAACAGGCCAUUCUGGCUGAGAACCUUGUCAAGUCCGUCUCCGACGUGUCGUUCUGGCAGGUUCACCACAACCUGUGUCUCGUCAGUAUGCGGAUAGAGAUGAACCAGGCUUCCAGUAUGGAGGAGCAGGCUCUCAAGGCACGCGCUGCUGAGAUUGCAAAGAACAUCCUCACGCCGGACUACGAGGAUAUGCUGGAUCAAGUGAGGUGGGAAACCACGAUUGAUAUCACCAGAUAG